GGAAACACCUCCUUGCUGCUGCAGGCGGGGCAUUGUGUGAACUCAGGAAAUUGAAACUUACCCUGUUACUCUGCCCUAAGUGAGCCAUGGCUGCAGAGAACCCCGUGGAAAGUCUCCAGGAGGAAGCGACAUGUCCCGUCUGUCUGGAGUAUUUCACACACCCUGUCACUCUGGAGUGUGGGCACAAUUUCUGUCGAGCCUGCAUCGCCCAGUGCUGGGAGGGACCUGACACAGCCGCCUCCUGCCCUCAGUGCAGAGAAACGGUGCAACAGAGAAACCUCAGGCCCAACAGGCAGCUGGCAAACAUGGUAGAAAUUGCCAAGCGGCUGAGUUUCCAGGCAGCAAAAGGAGCAGGAGGGGACAGGGUGUGUGGGGAACACCAGGAGACUCUGAAACUGUUCUGUGAAGAGGAUCAAACCCCCAUCUGUGUGAUCUGCAGAGAGUCCCGGGCUCACCGCGCUCACAGGGUGGUUCCUAUAGAGGAGGCUGCCCAGAAGUACAAGGAAAAAAUCCAGGCCCAACUGAAGGCUCUGAGGGAAGAGCGAGAAAAGCUGCUGGGAUUGAAAGUGACUGGAAAGGGGAAAAGCCGGGAGUAUCUGAAACAAACACAAACCGAGAGGCAGAAGAUUGUGUCUGAAUUUCAGCAACUGCGGUGGUUCCUGGAGGAACAAGAGCGACUCCUGCUGGCCCAGCUGGAGAAGCUGGACGAGGAGAUUAUGAGGAUACAAAAUGAAAAUUUCAGUAAAUGCUCAGAGGAGAUUUCCCGUCUCAGUGAGCUGACCAGUGAGAUGGAGGGGAAGUGUCAGAAGCCAGCGAGUGAAUUCCUGCAGGAUGUCAGAAGCACCUUGAGCAGGUGUGAGAAGGGAAAGUUCCAGCAGCCAGAGGAGAUUUCUCCUGACCUUGAAGAGAGAGUCAGUGGUUUCUCCCAGAAAACUAAUGCACUAUCGGAGGCUCUAAGAAAGUUCAAAGACACUCUGCUGUCUGCACUGGAGACAAAAAGAGGGAAAUACCUACAAGCACACAGAAAGGCGAAUGUGACUUUGGAUCCAGACACGGCUCAUCCCCAACUCAUCCUGUCUGAGGAUUGGAAAAGUGUGAGAUGGGGAGACACGCGGCAGGAUCUGCCUGACAACCCUGAGAGAUUUGACAGUGAGCCCUGGGUGCUGGGCUGUGAGGGAUUCAGCUCGGGGAGACAUUGCUGGGAGGUGGAGGUGGAAGGUGGACGAUACUGGGCUGUGGGGGUGGCCAGAGAGUCUGUGGGGAAGAAGGGACGGAUCAGCCAUGGCCCUGAGGGGGGGAUCUGGGCUGUGGAGCAGUGGCUGUGUCAGUUCCGGGCUCUCACCUCCCCUGAGAUCCCCCUGCCCCUGAGCCGGGCCCCCAGCAGGGUCCGGGUUUGUCUGGACUGUGACCGGGGGCAGGUGACAUUUAUCGAUGCUGCUGACGAGGCCCCGAUCUUCACUUUCCCGCCAGGCUCCGUCCCUGGGGAGAGAAUCCGGCCCUGCCUCCGGGUGUGGAGAUCCCGGCUCCGACUGUGUCCCUGAGAUGCCGAGGGGGGGUGGGGGGUGAUAUUCCACUGGGGACCCUGAGAUCAGCCUCUCUAGCCUCACACACCCUAGUCUCUAUGACCCUGGAGGUUGCUUCUGGCCUCAACUCUGUGCAGCCUCUGGACUGUCAAACCAUAGAGAGCAUAGAGUGAGCAAGGCAGAGAAGCCAAACUCAUCACUGCCCCAGGGACUGUGCAGCCUGUUUGUCACUGUCCUCUAUGAUCUAGGAGGACUCUGGGGAUCCUGGGUCAGACAGUGCCACGGGGGGGGGGGGGGGGGGAAGGGUGAACAGGCCGCUGGGAAUGAAAGAAUGGGCUUUUAUAGCCACAGUCACCCUAGCCCCUGUGGCCUGGAGGACUCCUGUCUUCCCAGCCAUCUGGCCUCUUAGCUCUAUGACCCCUGGAAGCUCUUCCCCCCUCCCCCUGUGCAGAAUCAGGGAUGAGACGGGGCGGGGGAAGUACCCUGGAGCUGCAGGAGGAGCAGAGGGGCCCUGAGGGGCAGAUGUGGGGGCUGCAGGGGCAGAACUGAGGGAGGGGCUGGGGGCAGAGGUGAUGUGGGGUUGGGGGUAGAAUUGACAGCUGGGCUGGGGACAGGCAGAUGUGGGGAUGGCAGGGACACAGAAUUAAUUGGUGUUUGGGGGAGAAGCUGGAGACUCCGCACCAGCAGGGAUACUAGCAGAGGGAGAGCCAGGGACUGGGGAGUGCGCAUUCAUCCCAAUAUCCAGUCGAAAUGAAUGGCUAGCAUAGACACAUCCUACAUUGAUAGAGAGGCAGUAGUUAGGGCAACAAAGAAUUCUUCCCUUGACCUAUCUGCGUCUGUAUUGGGGUUAGAUCGACCUAACUACAUCACACAGGGUGUGACAUUUUUCACAGCUCUGAGCAAUGUAGCUAGACUGACUUAAGGUUUAGAUGUGGACUAGGCCUCAGGAUGAAUUAUGAUAUGUCUACACUACAGUGGCUAGAGUGGCACAGUUACAACGCUACAGCUGUGUGCCUGAAGUGCCCUAGUGUAGAUGCUUCCUACAUUGACAGAAGUGGUUUUUCCAUUGCUCUAGUUAAUCCCACUUUCUGCGAGGCCGCAACCAGGUCGCCAGAGGAAUUCCAUUGUCUGCACCAGGGGUUAGGUCGAUCUAGCUGUGGCACUCGGAGCACACAAUGUUUCCCAGCCUUGAAUAAAGUCACCUGUGUUAAGUGAUCUAAGUGUUAAAUGCAGAGCAGGCAGCUUGGUGUGUGUGAGGCAGAAAGCCAAGAGAAGCAGUCGUGAGUGUGAUCCGGGAAGAAACGGAGAGACAGAGCUUGCUUCAGGCAUAGGGUUCCCUAGAAACGCAGACGUGGAGUUCUGAGUAAGGAAACUGCGGGCUGCUGUUUGUUUGUACCGGGCACAGGCAUGUGUGGACAUUGUUUGUAAAUAAUAAAGAUUGCACCAAAGAAA